UCUCUAUUUUGUUAUCAUCUUUAUGUCAAGGAAGCUUCCUGAUAAAGAGUUAUCUUGGUAAAAUCUUGAUCUUGGAGAAGAUUUAUUCAUCAAUCUGAUGAUUUGACUUCAAUAAAUUCCUAUCUUUAUUAUGAUUAUGACUUGACCGAAAAUAUAUUAUUACAUUAAACUAUCUAUAUUCAGUUUGACUUAAAGAAAGUUGAUCAACAUUCAAUGUGCAGUGAGUAAAAUGUUCUGUUAGUCAUAAAGGUAUAAUGAAAAAAUUUUAGAAAAUAUUUAUCUUCGAAAAGGCUUUGAUGAGUAAAAUUAUUGUUGUUGUACAAUUUAUUUAUUUACUUAAAUAUAAAAAUCUAGGUGGUACCAUUCGCAACACUAUCAGUAUUUUUUGUAAAUAAAAAAGUAUGAAGAGUAAAAAGUAAAAAUGAGUAAAAAAUAAAAAAAAUUUGUUAUUUCAAUACUAAAUUUCUUUGAAAGGUUAUUCUGGCUUUUAAGAAAUUUUUAUAUUGCAUACAACUACAAUCAAAUCUUUAAUGCCCACAAUUAAGACCAUCAGAACUCCUAUUUAGCACACUCUCUAUCCCCACUUUUAUAUACUACACCUUACCCUUUUUGCCCGUAAUCUCACAGGAGUGCGUAAUAAUAAAAUUUUAUACAUCAGAAAAUCGUAUGAUAAUGAAGACUCAACUAUAGUUACAUUAUAACCAAUUAGUGUUGAUACUUACUGAUAUUUCAUAACUCAGCUGAGAUUUUUACUUUGAAUAAUUUUUAAUUUGAAAUCGUGGAUUAAACUAUUUGAUCGCGAAUUUUACGACUGAACACAGAAGUAAUAUGCCUUAUUACGCAGUAGCUAGAGGAUGGAAUGUCGGUAUAUAUACCUCUUGGGACCAAUGUCAACCGAUGGUGAAUCACUAUUCAGGAGCAUUGUAUAAACGAUUUAGCAGCAGGUCUAGCGCCUGGAACUUCUUGGAGAGUCAUCUGCCACAACGUGAGCUUUAUAUGAUAACAGAAAGGGAAAGGCUCUUCUCUCGAGGUACUGAUGACUGCGUCAGUAUCUACACUGAUGGUGCAUGUCGCAGAAAUGGACGACAAGGAGCACAAGCAGGCAUUGGAGUUUUCUUUGCUGACAAUCAUCCUAACAACGUCUCUCGAGUUGCUGAAAAUCGGCGAACUAAUAUCGGUGCUGAGAUGGAAGCUGUUCUAGAAGCCGUGUCGAUUAUUGGUUCCUAUCAGUUGGAUCAUGUUGUUAUCUACACGGACUGUCAGUUCAUCGUAAAAGGAAUGAAUAAUUGGAUAUGGGGAUGGAUGAAACGUGGAUGGCAAAAUAUAAAUAACCAGCCCGUUGCCUAUAAACAAGAAUUUCAAUUUCUCAACGCCAAAAGACGUCGUUGGCGUAUACAAUUUGAACAUGUACGAGGACAUUCUGGUAUCUAUGGUAAUGAACAGGCUGAUAAAUUAGCCAGAAGAGCGUUGCCUUAAUUCAUCAGUUAAAAAUACUCAUGACUUUUUUUUUACUUGAAGAACUUGACACUUAAAAACCAAAUAUUCUAAAGAAUAUUUA